CAAUAUUGUCAGGCUUCUCAAUACUCAUCUUCCUGGACAGAUUUGGAUUGAGUUGCAAAAUCAGAUUAUCAUAAAUCUGUUAUUAUGAUGGAUCAUGGGAUAUCUACUAACUCACUGCUGAUGCUGGCUUCAAUCUUCCACUUUAUUACAUCAGCUUACUGUGAUUGUGUGUCACCUCCAUCAAUCUCACAUGGAUUAUUAAAAGAAGAAUUUACCAAUCAGAAAACAUUUCAAACUGGGGAUACUGUACAAUACAGUUGCCAACCUGGCUUUAUGCGCAUUCUGGGAACUAAAAACACUGUUACUUGUAUGGGCAAUUCCAGGUGGACAAGACAUGAGAAAUUUUGCACAGAGAAAUCAUGUGGAAAUCCUGGUGAUAUAGAAAAUGGAUAUUUUGAGGCAUCUAAUUUCUUAUUCGGUGCUGAGGUAACAUACUAUUGUAAUGAAGGAUACAGAAUGAUAUCAAGUAGAGUUCACAGAUUUUGCCAAGCAGAUGGAACAUGGAGUAAUAGUGUCCCUGAAUGUGAAGUUGUGAUUUGCCCUUAUCCUGAUUCAAUUCCCAGUGGGACAUUUUACCCACAAAAGGAUGAAUAUAAUUUCAUGGAUACUAUUAACUAUCAAUGCAACAGCCCCAAAUUUGCCUUAUAUGGUAAAAACUUUGCCUCCUGCACAGAAAAUGGAACAUGGAGUUCUAACCCACCAAAGUGCAUAGAGGUUGACUGCCCACCCCCUGAAGUCCCCUCUGCAAGAAAAGUGACAGGAUUUGUUGGACCAUAUUCAAUAAAUUCGCUGGUUAGAUUUGAAUGUUUAGAAGGCUUUACUAUGAACGGCACAAGUGAUGUUAAAUGCAAUAUUCACAGUCAGUGGGAGCCCUCAUUGCCAACAUGUAACAGAAACUUCUGUUACAUGCCUCAUUUAAUAAAUGGAAAAAUCAGUGGAGGGACACCUAAAUCUUUCAACAAUGAAGAAGGAUUUCACAUUGAAGAUUCUGUUACAAUGAGCUGUGACUCAUUUUUUGUUUUAAAUGGGGAAAGCACCAUCACCUGUCAAGAAGAUUUAAACUGGAAUCCUGAAGUUCCAAUUUGUGAGAAGCGCUUUGGUUGCAGUUCUCCAAAAAUUUUAAAUGGACGUGCUGUACUUAAGAAUGGAGAAUAUUACUUUCCGGAAAAAGAUGGACAUGCUUUCUCUAAAUCAGACACGAUACAUGUUCAGUGUAAUGAAGGCUUUACAAUUACUGAAAGCAGUGUCAGUAAGUGCGAGCUUACCUGGUCUGGUUUUAAGUGGUUACCUUCUCUUCCAAAAUGUACAAGAUGGUAAAUAUCACGAAGACUUGUGAUAACAAUGUGAAAUCAAACUGCAAGAUACAGAAAGAAAAACUGACGGCUGCUUUUUAAUUAACCCUAUCACAAUUUAGCCAGUUUUGUACUUAUGUAGGCUUGUUUUUUUUUUUGUUUUUGUUUUUUUUUGUAGA